GUGGGGUAAACAAAGGCAGUUUUCUCCACUUUUAAGCCACUUUAAGUGGGUUUUAAGCCCCCCUAAGCCACCCACCUACCCAGUGAUGGUCAGUUCCACCCCUUAGCCACCCAUUAAGGGGUUUAAAGGGGGAAAUAAGGGCGUAAAUGGGGUGAAAUGAGGGCGCGUGUUGAGACGCUGGAGUGAGUCAAGGCCCCUUACCACUGAUGGAGAGGCCCAACAUGGGAGUCACAAUGGCAACGCACCUUAUACCAUUUAUAAUUAUAUUUGCACCCUUCACACAACCUACAGGGAGUCAGUCAGUUAAAGAAUUAAGCAUAACUACUGGUGGAAAUGAGGUGCUUGCCGGCACUAAUGUCACCAUUAGCUGCAAGGGCCGCGGGGACUUCCUACAAUGGCUUCACGGUCACCAUAAUAUUACGCCAGACGAUGAACGCUGGCACGUGGAAACGGAGAGGCGGGAACAAAAUAUUCGGAGUCACCUGACGAUCAUCCGUGUCAGCUUGCACGACUCUGGCCACUAUCACUGCCAUAUUACCAAACUAAACAAAGAUAAAAUCGGGGAGAAAAAUGUCACUAUUCAUGUACAGGCUGGACCCAUGUUGAUGGAGGCACGAAACGCUACAGUACGUGUGGGUCACAAGGCCAAACUUUCGUGCACUUUUGCUGCCGUCCCUGCACCUGAAGUUCAUUGGUUGAAGGACAAAAUGAUGCUGGAUAAAGUGAAGGGGCACACCAUUGAAACGCGACAAGAAUCGGAGCUUCACUUGUCUGAUUUAUUAAUUGACAAUGUCACCCUUAAAGACAAUGGAACGUACAAGUGUAGAGCCUCGAAUGAAAUUGGUGCUGGGAACCAAGAGGGUUAUCCGUAUCUUCUUGUCCAGGAUUUGCCUGAGGUGAACUUAACAAAAGUUCGUGCUAUUGGCACCAGUGAGAUACAGUUAGAGUGGACUGUCAAUGACAACAACUCUCCAGUACAGCAGACGAAGAUCUAUACGGCCACCGGUGACAGCGAGUUUGAUGAACCUUCAUUGCUUGCUGAGGAGCAACAGAACAUCAUACUGGAGGACGUGGGUUCUCCUGGUGAGGAAGUUCGGGUAAAACUGGAGGUCAUUAACGAAAUCGGAGCUAGCGAGAGCAGCCCAGAAACGGUUACUCUUCUCAGUGAAGAGCCAAGAUUUAUUCCCGAGGCAUCUCCAAAGGGCAGCGGCCUUGACUCCUUCACCGUAGGCUGGAGCCAGCCGGGUGAAAAUGCCAAGGAGUUUGUUGGCCGUUAUCAUCUCUCCCUCUCUGACCCAACGACGGGCGAUGUUCAAGAAUUGUUUGUUCCUUCUCCAGCUGUGGAUCACAUGUUCACUCAUCUCAAGCCAGCUACUGAGUACAAAUUUAAGGUUGCAGCUUGCCUCGAUGUUUUCCCCGACAGAGAGCGGGACUGUGGUGAAUACUCUCCUUCCGUAGUUGGGAAGACCCUGAAUGGAGUUCCUGGAGUCAUUUCUGACUUGUUAGUUGAAUGCAAACAGAACCCCCACACAGCUGCCAACACUGUCCACAUCCACUGGAAGCCUCCAAUCAACCCUAAUGGCAUAGUUGACCAUUACAAAAUCGAGCUGAAGGAAACUGCAUCUUUCAUAAAUGAGGAGGGACAGAGGCAGUACUACAAUAAUGAACAGAAACAUAAUGUUGCCGGUUCUCUCAGAAACUAUACAUUUUAUCAUGCAUUACCCAACACAAAUUAUACAGUGAAGGUUUACGCGGGGAUUAAGAGGCAGUACAGCUCGCCCAUGAACGCCGUGUGUCGCAUGCCCGUCUGGGUUCCAUUUUCGGAGCGCGUAACCUGGUGGAAAUACUACCAUGAAGGCCAAGUCGUACUCAAACUUCCUGUUCCACGAGUAUCCGAACGAAAUGGAACAAUUUGUUGCCACAGGAUUGUGGUGGUUAAGCUAGAAGGGGAUUCAAUGCUGCAAACUCUACCAGAGCCGAGUAAGCUGCCAAUCAGCACCUAUGAGGAGGUUCAUCGUUCCCCUUCCUCCACUGGUGCCUACGUGGCCGAGGCAUUUUCCGGAUGGAACAUCAAGGAUAAAUACCUAUUCUUAGGUGAUGGGAAAGUUGUGGGUAACUGGUCUGGAGGAUGUGCAGCUUGCUUGGGUGAAAUAAACCCAGCAGGUGAAAUGUCUGCACUCCGCAGCGGCAGUCCCGUGCAUGCCAUCGCUCCUGUCACACGAGGAAACAGGCGGACAUUGUUGUCCCUCCAAGUCGCACCUCCGGUGAUUGACGGUCUGCUCUCCAGGGAGUCCAACUAUACUGGCUUCAUUGUCAUGUCAGUACAACCAGAAGAUGGCAAGCUGCUGACGGCGUACAGCGAGUAUUUUCCCGUGGUGCAGCCUGUUGAAGAUGUGGUCGAUACAGGACCUCCAACUCGCAUUAACGAGAUGCAGAUUAUUUACGUCGCUACGGGACUCUUCAUGUUUCUGCUCUUGCUUAGCAUCGGACUUUGUACUCUGCUGUGCUUUUAUCGUCGGAGGAAUAAACAUCUGGAAGAGGAGGAGGUGGCUGAGAGUCUUUCUGGGUCUCUUGGGAGGAUCUUCCGUUCGCUGCGACGAUCACACACACUUAUGUCACAGCCGGCAGUGGAUGUGAAGCCAGUUCCACGAGACGAACUUGUUUCCCAAUACAUUGAGAAACUCAAAGACUCGGAACUUGGAUUCCGACGGGAAUACGAGGCCCUGCCCGAGAAGUUUUAUGAUCGAACCAGUCGUGCGUCAGACCUCAUAGAGAAUGCUCCCAAGAAUCGUUACCCAGAUAUCAAGGCUUACGACCAAACACGGGUGAAGUUGACCCAGGUCAAUGGGGCCAUUGGUUCAGACUACAUCAACGCCAACUACGUCUUGGGUUACAAGGAGCGCAAGAAGUUUAUCUGUGCUCAGGGACCAAUGGACACAACAGUGGAUGACUUCUGGCGGAUGAUAGUUGAACAAGGAUGCGGAGUGUGCGUCAUGCUCACUAAUUUAGAGGAAACAGGAAAAAUCAAGUGCGUAAAGUACUGGCCUGAAGCAGGACAGCCUAAAACCUUUGGCAACAUCACUGUUUAUCUUGUCAAGGAAAAAGCAUACUCAGAUUUCAUGGUUCGUACAUUGAGGGCAGAAUGGGGUGAAGGUGAGGAGCAGCACACCCAUGAAGUUCGUCAGUACCACUAUCUGUUGUGGAAGGACUUCGUUGCUCCUGAGCAUCCCACUGGUGUGCUGUCAUUCUUGCGACGCAUCCUUGAAGCAUACUCACAUGACCAGGGCCCACUCCUUAUACACUGCAGCGCUGGUGUUGGACGGACAGGGACCCUGGUAGCUCUUGAUUCUCUUGUAAUGGAGCUGGAUGAAGAAGGUCAUGCCUCCAUCUUCAACCUUAUCUGUGACCUCCGACACCAAAGAAACUUCCUUGUACAGUCUUUAAAACAAUACGUCUUCAUCCACCGAGCACUAAUGGAGUAUGUUCAGUUUGGAAACACUGAACUGAGCAUACCUCAGCUUAAGGAAGCUUAUAGCAACCACACUCAUCACGACAGCUUGGAUGACUCCUCACCUCUGGAGAAAGAGUUUGAGCGUUUAAGCAAAGUGGUUGAGGAGAGAAAGGCUUUCGCCAUUGCCACAAGUGAGGAGAACAAGCCUAAAAAUCGUUACGACUUUGUCCUGCCAUAUGACUCCAAUCGUGUUAUCUUGGCUCCACUCUCCACUAGACCAUCUUCUACCUACAUCAAUGCCUCCUUUGUUACGGGCUAUGACUUGGCAGAGUCAUUCAUUGUCACACAAGACCCCAUGGAAAACACAAUAGCCGACUUUUGGAGAAUGGUGUUCGACCAGGAGGUGACAACCAUCGUCAUGCUGUCAGAGCUUGGGAGUGGGGAGCAGUGUUGCAACAAGUACUGGCCGGACGAUGAAGAAACGUACGAACACAUCUCUGUUAAGCUGGUCUCCAGUGAGAGCUACCCCAAGUACUCCAGCAGGUCCUUCUUGCUAACUAAUACUAAGAAUGGUGAUGCUCUGACUGUGACUCACUUCCAUUAUAUUGGCUGGUCAGGUCUUUUAGGAGAGGUUCCUUUAGUAACUUAUGGAAUCAUGGAGAUUAUCACAAGAGUACAGUCACACAUCGAUGUUAGCUUGUCCACGGCAACCCCAACACUCGUCCACUGCUCUGGUGGUGGUGACCGUAGCAGCGUCUAUGUGUGUCUCAACAACUGUCUACGUCAGCUGCGGAGAGAAGGCCGCGUAGAUGUUUUCCAGACAGCGAGAAGAAUAAGGGCUCUUAGACAAUUUCUUCUGCAGGAGUUUGCACAAUAUGAGUUCUGCUACAAGGCACUUGUGGAAUUCAUCGACAACAAAGGCUUGGAAAAUCUUUGAGGAAAUAAAAGUGGGCAUCACCGAAGGAUGAGCAAAACUGCCGCAUUAGAUGUGUGUGAGACAUUGUGGUUUGAAUGAAAUUAGUGAUUUUAAAAGUGAAGGAAAUUGGAAGUUUCUCAAACAUUCUCAUGCCAGUAUAAACUACUACUUUUCUGAAUAGUGCAAAAAUAUGUGCCGAGACAUUUUAAAUGUCUAGAAAAGUGAUCUUCACUUGUAGCAUUAAAGUAAAUCAGACUAAGCUGCAAGUGGUGAAACUCUGUGUAAUUCUUGUAGUGGAGAAUUAUUAUUACAAUCAAGCACUAAACCCACAAGGGUUUGUAGUGGAGAAGCCCCGGAGAAUCUCCCACUAAAUCUGUACCGUCACAAACGUGGGUAAGUACGGUCUGCUACAGUGACGAUGGAUUGUGGUGGCACCAAAAUUAUGAAUUAAUUUAUUUAUAUAUUUUUAGGUCACCUUAAAGACUCAUAUUAAAAAAAAAACACACAUUGUGAUGCAAUGUAUUAUGGUAUUUGGUUGCGUGUAACCCUGGCUGCAUUAGUUGAUACAUAACAACUUGGGUUUUAGAAAGUCUAAGAGAAUUACAGAGAAUAAAUCACAGUACCAUGACUGGAAUAACCUGCAGGUAACCCACAGUUUGGAGAGGAAAGUUUAAAUGACAUUUUGAUCCAGCUAGAUGAUACUGUUGACGAUAUACCAACAAGUUAAGAUCUGUGCAGUACUUGGAUAUCUUGGGUUCAGAAGCAUUUCACAGGCACAACAGAUUACUUCACUUAAAAACAGGCAAGUGUUAUACUGUCUCCAGUGUUAUUUAGGCUUGUGUUUAACUAGCCAUCUCCCACUGAGGCAGGGUGCCCCGAAAAAGAAACGCUUUCACCAUCUCUCGCUCCAUCACUGUCUUGCCAGAGGCGCAGAGAUACGACAGUUUAGAUGUCCCUCUAAACAGCAAAUAUCCCAAACCUUCCUAUAGAGUGCAGGCACUGUACUUCCCACCUCCAGGACUCAAGUUUGUUGAACAAGCAAAAUGUUUUGGUAAUAUAGAUAACUAAGUGUUGCACAGAUGUGUCAUUAGCGUCAACGGUGGUCCAGGACAGACCAAAAUGUCUUGUAUGAUCUCUCUCCAAAUUAACUACGUUGUAAAGGCUACCAGCCCAAGAAUGUUCGUGUAUAACAUGCUGACGCUACUAAUGCUAAGCAAGUGCUGUAUAGCCUUCAGGUUGUAUAUGCUUGGUUUGAAGGCUCCUUUAGAUUUUAGCCACCGUUACGACGGUCUGUAAUUACACAUGACUGCUAGUGCUCAAAUGUUUUAGUAGAAGAUAUUUUCUUAUUUUUAGCAAGCUGUAUGGGAGAAGACGUUACUAUUGCUCCCGGCAUUUUAGUUACUUUUACAAGUUUAUUUUUUACUUUCUAAUGUUAUAUAUCUUUAGCCAGACACUAUACUCUGAAAAUUUUAUUUUGUUUGGUUGUUUUGAGUGUCGUACGAAAGAUGAAAUAAUUUCAAUUGUGAAUUUCUUGUAAUGAGAAAUAUGCUGUUUGCAUUUUUGAGCGUUAUGUCUAUUUUGCUGCAGUAAAUGCUCGAUUAUCUGCCAUUUUGUCAACUGAAAUCACAGUGAAAAGCCUUUUACAUUUUGGAUAUAUCCACUAGUCACUUCAAAGGCCAUUUAAUAGAAAUGGGAGUCCUGUUGUUUUCAUGGGUGAAUGCCGAACCAAUGGGGGUUACGUGGAGCCAGGGGCAUGCAAGGUGGUCAGUUUUGAUCCAUGGGGUACUCUGAUUGGGUCAAGAGUUUUGAUUCAAAGGAAGGUUCUAAUUUCUUGGAUCAAGAGCUCUGUACACCAAGAUCGUGUGUGUUGCUGACCUAUAUAUUAAUGUACACCAAGUCUGUAUUUUUUCUUCACUUUGAAUUUCAAAUAAGUUUUUUGUACGAUAUUUUUGAAAUGUAGAUAAUUCAACAUUAACACCACUGUAGCUUAUA